AGGCGGCGCGGGGCGCAGUGCGCAGGCGCGGCCCUUCCCGCCGUGCUCAGCGCCGGCUCAUGGCGGCGGCGGCGCCGGGACUGUUUUAAAUUGAAGGGAAAAUGUCACUUUACGAUGACUUGGGGGUUGAGACCAGCGAUUCUAAAACAGAAGGCUGGUCCAAGAAUUUCAAACUGCUGCAGUCUCAGUUGCAGGUGAAGAAAGCAGCUCUCACACAAGCAAAGAGUCAGAGAACAAAACAAACCACAGUCCUUGCUCCAGUGAUUGACCUGAAACGAGGCAGCUCCUCUGAUGAGAGACAGAUCGUGGACACACCCCCUCAUGUAGCAGCUGGGCUAAAGGAUCCUGUCCCUAGUGGUUUUUCUGCAGGAGAUGUGUUGAUUCCCCUGGCAGAUGAGUAUGAUCCCAUGUUCCCAAAUGACUACGAAAAGGUGGUGAAACGUCAGAGAGAGGAACGGCAGCGGCAGAGGGAGCUGGAGAGGCAAAAGGAGAUUGAAGAGAGAGAAAAAAGGCGUAAAGACAGACAUGAAGCCAGUGGGUUUUCAAGACGACCAGAUCCAGAUUCUGAUGAAGAUGAAGAUUAUGAAAGGGAAAGACGGAAAAGAAGUAUGGGAGGAGCUGCCAUUGCACCACCCACUUCUCUCGUUGAGAAGGACAAAGAACCUGUAGCAUCAUUCCCAUAUGAGGAAGAGUCAAGACCUCGGGCACCUUCUUCCAAAGCAGCCAUUCCUCCUCCAGUGUAUGAUGAGCCAGAGAGACCUCGUUCUCCCACGGGACCCAGCAACUCCUUCCUCGCCAACAUGGGGGGGACAGUAGCUCACAAAAUCAUGCAGAAAUAUGGUUUCAGAGAGGGCCAGGGGCUGGGCAAACAUGAACAGGGGCUCAGCACAGCACUGUCAGUAGAGAAAACAAGCAAGAGGGGUGGCAAGAUCAUUGUUGGUGAAUCUACAGAGAAAGAAACGGGCAAGAAGGCGGAUUCCAACCCCUUGACUGAGAUACUGAAAUGUCCAACUAAAGUGGUCUUACUGAGGAACAUGGUUGGUGCUGGGGAGGUGGAUGAAGACCUUGAAGUUGAAACUAAGGAGGAAUGUGAGAAAUAUGGCAAGGUUGGAAAAUGUGUCAUCUUUGAGAUCCCUGGUGCCCCUGAUGAUGAGGCUGUAAGAAUAUUUUUAGAGUUUGAACGGGUUGAAUCUGCCAUCAAAGCUGUUGUGGAUCUAAAUGGAAGAUAUUUUGGAGGCAGAGUGGUGAAGGCUUGUUUCUACAACCUGGACAAGUUCAGAGUGCUGGAUCUGGCGGAACAAGUUUGAUUUUAAAAAUCUAGCUCGAGGUGUCAUUGUUUUGGCAAUCACGUUUUCAGCAGUAGGCUGGGAAUAAAGAAGAGAAAAGUAGCUUUCCUAGCAGACUGGAAACAAGCCUCAUUGAAUGGAUUUUACACAUUCGUUGUGACUUAUGUUUUUUUGUAAUAUAAAGCCCUUUGAAAGUAAGAUUCACGUCUGUGUGGUUUUGAAUUGCACAUUUCUGCUUUCUGCUCUGGGAAUCCUGGUUUUUUUGAGCUUUCAGAUGACUGCUCUGUUGAAAACCCACUGCUGAGGAGAUGCUUUGUCUGUAUUCCUGCUUUCUUUGUUCUGGUGCUUCAUCAUGGAGUCCCUGUGCUGGAUCCACAAUAAGUCUGGAGCUUUGGACAAGGACUGUGUGUAUGAUCUUCUCUUCCCUGAUGGUCUCUCCUAGAGUUAGAGCCUUGCUCUCCUGAGUCCUCAUCUCUGCACACCAGUGAUUUGGGUCAUUGGGACAGUUGCAGCUGAUUUUUCUCCUGACUCCAGGACAAAGCUUCUGUGCCAGAAUGGAGACUAAGAUAACACGGAUUGAGUCUGUCUUCACAGAUUAAAAAAAAACAAAACAAAACAAAAAAUCCAUGUCUAAUCCAUGGAAAUGGAAAGAGGAGGGAAUUUAAUGGACUCUUGGCAGGAGCUCUGUGCUGUUGGGCAGUCUGUGCUGGGAAUAUCCAGGGAUAAUUGAUUUCAGGUCAUUAGGCAGGGAGAUGGGAAACUCCUUCCUGUAUCUGGCCAGCUGUCAGAAUCUCACUUCUCUAACUCACACACAGGCAACUGACUUUGUUUAAUAAUUUCAAACCUGCUGUUUGCUCUUUCUGUUUAUAUUUCUAUAUUUGAGGUCAAACACUAUCAGGGUUAGGAUUUCUUUUCCUUUUGGGAAGGAGUGUCUGUGGAAGUUUUCAACAUAGGAGGCCAUGGAGGGAAGUUCUCAUGAAAAUCUAAAGAGCUGACAGACUAAACUACUAAACACUACUACUCUUAUUUUUAACUUGCUGUAAAAUAGUACACAGCUCUCUGCUCCUGGUUUUAUGUUUACUUUUUGUUUGGGAACAGUAUGUGACAAAGAGUUGGCAAGAGGUGACUCUGCAGUGGUGGCAGUUGUCUCUGCCCCAUUGCACCCAGAAUUGUGCAGAUACUGAAGUGGCUGUGAGCCCUGAGAGCAUUUUAGCUGUUUGAAAGCUCAUGCUGGAUAUCUUCUUCCUGUUACACACACGGACUGGGGGGAGGGGGGACAGACCUGUAGUUCAACGCUGUGAAUAUCUCCAGUUCUUGCCCUUCUGUUGAGUUUUGGCUGCAAAUUUCUAUGACAAACCCUUGGGUCUUGUGUUUUGCCUAUUUUGUCUGCUUGUGUUCCACUAACCUCUGUACAAACAUUUGCUUGUAAAACAGAAUUUUUUAAAAAACUGGUAUUUUACCUGCUGUGUGUUGGCUUCCUUA